AUGGGAUUUCACCUACACCAACCAAUAAAUGUAUCUGUAAAAGGGUCAAUUAACACAGUUAACGGGGGGAAAGUUGGAACCAUCAAAAACAAACAAGAAAAUUCUCCACUCAGAAGGACACCGAGAAAAAUAAAUAGAGUAAUUUACGCUGAAAACUCAAAUAAAGUGAAUAAUAUCAGCAAGCGAACCUACGAAGAAGUAUCAGAUGAAGAUUCUGAAGUUAAUGAUGAUGAGAUUGACGAUGACGAUGGAGACGACAAUGAAGAUGACUGCGAAGAUGACGACGAAAAUGACUACGAAGAUGACGACGAGAAUGAAGAUGAGGAUGUUGACGAAGAUGACGACGAGAAUAAAGGCGAAGAUGACAACAAAGACAAGAAGGCCAAGGAGAGAAAGAAGUUGGAGAAAAAGUUGAUUGAUGAUUUUAUUUCGAGAUUUAAGGCGAUAAAUGCGGACGACAAAUGGAACCUUCCUUCGGGCAGAUUUGUUGAAGACGAAGUUAUGGAUUUGUUUAGUCCUGAGGAAAAGGAGACAAUUUUAAACACUAAUAAAAAGUCUUUUCCGGCCGUACAAGAUGAUAUCAAAAAAUAUGUCAUGAAAUAUUACAAGAAAAAUGUCGACGAUCUUCGAGAAACCGUCAUGGAACCAUAUUUGAAAAACGGGGAAACCUAUAAUUCAAAAUUACAUUAUGAUUUGGAUGUUAUUGAAUGGGAGCAAGGCGUGAAUGCAUUAGCAGAGGAUAAUUUGGAAGCAUGGAUUGUAAGUCAUGUAUGGACUUUUAUUGUUGAUAUGGCAUUAAAGGACAUUGAAGAAACCAAAAUAGGAAAAGAAAUACUAGCUGGAGAGGUAGCUAGAACAGGAGGCAUUCACGAUAAAAAAUAUUUAGGAGAUAGAAUGAAACUAUUAAAGCUCAUGAAAGAUAUGUUCGAUACGAUAAUUGAAUCACUUCCGCCAACUACAAUUAAAAAUUACGAGUGUCUUUGUACAUUUGGAAUACAACUUUUCAGCACUGUUUACAUUAUGGAUCGCCCUAAAGGAGUUAUUUCGCGAUUAACCAAAAAAGCACAAUUAGAAGCUCCUAUAUAUAUUGAAGGCAUUUGCGAACUAAUUUUGUCUAUAAUUACAAUGUUGGAAUUGAAGCCAGAUUUAAAAGGAUGUCUUAGUGUAAAGUAUCAUCUUCUGGAAGUAUUUUUUGCGGAAGUAUCUUCUGGUCCGUUUGAACCUACAUCCACUUCUAGAAAGCAUGAAGAAGAUGAUUAUAAAAAAUUGAUUUUACUUUCAAAAGAUGCUUAUAACUUUAUACGAGAGAAUUAUUCCAGUGAUGACAAAAAUUCAAAGAAAAAUCUCAAAAUAAUCGAGGAAGUUUGUACUAAUUAUGCAUCCGAUGAGGAACACGAUCAGAAUUUGAAAGAAAACCUGAGUGAUCAUGAGUUAACAAAUGAAGAACAAGAAGAUUCAUCUUCAGAUGAAGAUGUAGAUGGUUCAUCUGGGGAUUUGACUGAUAGUUCCGAAGAAUUAAGAAAAU